AUGGCGGUGGCAGCCCUAGAGGAGUCAGAGGGCAACAGAAACACCAUUGGGGCCUCCCUGGCCCCAGCCUCAGCAUCCUCCAGGAAGGGCCCAGGUGUUGGUCUUGAAAGAGAGAGGCAUCAGCACAGCCCCGGUGUCCGCUGCCUGAGCCGCCUCGGGCAGGUUGCUUUCCCACUCUGUGGGCCUCAGUUUCUCCAUCUGUACGAUGGGCGAGUUAGACCAGAGGACGUCCAGCCUCCGCAGGCGCUAGAAAUUAAUUUCCUUGCUCUUUGUAAUAGAGUCUUUGGUAGCAGCCAGCUAGUCACCAGCGCCCAGAGAAGCAUGCCUACUGGCUAUUGCCAUGGAAACUGGAACCGAGCUAACCACCUCACAGGGCCCAGCAUUGACUAUAGCUGCCACUGGGGCAAAAGUGGCUUCUGCUCCAAGUCUGGGCAGCGGUUCCCUUCCUUCAGAAUGAUUGAAUUAAAAGAUGAUGACCCCCAGGCCAUUAAGCAGGAGUUUACAAAGAUUCAUCAGAAAGUGGAUGCCCUUCUGAGCAGCCUGGAGAAAGAGCCGGCCCAACAGCCAGAGAGGCAGGAGGCACCCAAGGGGGUUUCAAGCAGCAGCAGCAGCAGCAGCUGCAAGGAUCCCCUGACUAACGUGAAGAUGGGGCCUGAGGAUGGCAGCAGCAGUGGCAGCCCCGGACACUGGGCCUAGGACGGGUCAUCCUGGAGGAGGGGUCAUCCUGGCUGAAGGUCUGGCUGAAGGUCAAGGCUCAAGGACCAGCUGGGGGUGGCUAAGGGACACUGGGGGAGGAUUAGCAGCAGCAGCAGCGCUCUCCAGCACCCUGGGCAGGGGGGUGAUGGGGCCUUCGAGGGCUCCCCUGGCCUCAUUGUAACACCAGGGCCCUCGUCCUAGAGCCAGCCUCACCAGGUUCUCUCCCGUGGUACGUGCUCACUGUUGCCCUCAACCUUAGCCUCUCCCUCAAUCCCCUGUGCCUGCAGAGGCCUCUUUCCAACCACAAUUCUUAGAGGAGUUCGAUGAAGAUCUCUCUAUUUUCCUCAUUUAACUAAGAAACCUUGU